AUGAGCAGUUCUGGUUCUUGUAAAGAGGAAGGCUUAGCGCCCCGCUUGGCCCACAUACUCCUCUGGCUGGCAUGGUCGGGAGGAGCUGAUGACCCGGGAGCUGUCAUCAGGAUCGAUCUUGGAAUGAUCGACCGCGCCAUCUCCACUGCUUGGAAUGAGAGUGAUGUUCUGCAGAAACUGGCAGAGGAAGCUGCAAAAAAAAAGCCAAACGCCAAACCCAUCAAAGGCAUCUCAGGGCUAAAAGUGAAAGAUCUCUGUCCCCCAGUGAUUUCGCUGGCACUCUUGCCGGGCUCGGGGCUCUUCAUGGCCGUCUUAGUCCAAAUGACCGUUGCUGGGAAAAGCUUUACAGGUGGAAACGUGGAAAUCGCUCUGGCCGCAAACCUGACGGCCGGUAGCCGGCUGUGGCAGGACGCCGCGGGCAUCCCCAGGUUCAGCUCCAGGAACUGCCACAUCGCUCUCGUUAGCGUUAAAACCAACCUCCCCGGCAGCAUGCUGCCCAAAGUCACGAGCAAGUUUCUGGACAGCACCCUUCAGAAAGUGCUGCCAGGUCUGCUGUGUCCAGCCGUGGAUGUGGUGCUCAACCUUGUGAAUGCAAAAUUCACCACCAUGACUUCCGAGAUCCCUCUUGGGACUGCUGGGACCCUCUGGUACGCUCUGCUGAACCCCCCAAUGACAAGUGAAACUUUCAUAGAGCUGGAUUUGAAGACCAUUCUCCACCAAAAGGAGGGAAAGGAGGUUGACCUUCCCAUGGACCACCCAUCUCUUGCUUCUCUGCCACCAAAGAGGGAUGCUGCUACCCAGCUCAUCCUGUCUGCAAACUUCCUGAGUGCGGAGCUCUCUGUUCUGCAGGCGUCCUUCAACCUGGACAUCAGCAAUAACAUGGUUCUUGGGCUUCCCCCGCUGGUGACCACAAUGCUUGGAGCCCUCAUCCCUGAGAUUUCCAGGGUGCUGCCUCCAUCGCACCCAGUGGUGAUUGAAAUGCGAGAAGCGAAAGCACCAGUGGUGACCAUAACCACAGACAAAAGCUUUGUGCAGCUCUUCAGCACCGCCGAAUUUUGGGUUUCGCCUUCAAACUCUGCUCCCGAAUCCCUCUUUGUCCUGGAUGUUCACAGCAACCUGGAGGCACAGUUUGCCAUUGCAGAAGAAAAGCUGCGGCUCUCCCUCGCUCUGCAAAGCCUGUCUCGGGUGGCCUUGGCUUCCUCCUCCCUCGGGACGUUUGACGAGCUUCCACUGAAAGGAGUUUUGGCAGAUAUUAUUCAUGUGGCUUAUGUGCCAUCGAUCAACAGGGUGCUGCGCGGAGGGGUCCCCCUGCCCGACCUGCUGGGCAUCACCUACCAGCGGGCGAACAUCAGCGGGUUCGAGAAUGCUCUAGUGCUGGACGUGCCCCUCACAGAGACCUGA